UCCCCUCUUCUCUUCAGUCUUCCAUCUUUCGAACUCUCUCCCGUCUGCUCUCUGUCUUCCCUCUUCCGUCGACCAUCCACGAGACGACCACCCUUGCAGGCUCUUCAUCGGCUCAGCCUCACCGUCGCACGGCCUGCACAAGCACGACAGCACCAUCAUCCAGCAUCCCCCUCCUACCGUCAUCGGAAGCACCACGACUGCCACCGGCCUCCACCAUAUCCAUCGCCAUCAUCAUCCUGGAGGGACCUCUCUCCCCCACUCAUAUAUAGGCAGCCACCAGAACUCCAGAGCUUCACUUUUGGCCUCUGCUUCUUUUCCUCCCAACCUCUGAAACUUCCUUAGUUUCUAAUUAACCAACAGCGGAGAGAGGGAGUAUAAGAAAAGAGACGUCCCACCAAGAAGAAGAAGAAGAAGGAAGAGGCUUCGCGCUAUGCUUCUUCAACGACCCUUUUAUUCAUGUGGGCAAAGGAGUGACUUUAUUCUCGGCUCAAGCAUUUACCCGAAUCGGUUGCAUGGUCAGAGAAGAGUGUUCAAUUCUCUUGUAAAAGUUGGUGACCAGCGAAUCAUGUUGGAAUCUUCCUCCACUCGACCUAAUUGUCGAUGUCAAUCAUCAGUUGGUGAUGGAAACAACUCCUGGGAUGCUGCAGUUAGUACUGAGAUCUCACCCAUCCACGGGGUGUCUGAAGUAGUGGUCGGUGUACUGGGUGGUGGGCAACUGGGUCGCAUGCUUUGCCAAGCAGCUUCCUGUCUGGGAAUCAAAAUCUUGAUACUGGAUCCUUCUGAAGACUGUCCUGCAAGCUCAAUGUGCCACCGCCAUGUGCUUGGGAGCUUUGAUGAUGGUGCAUCUGUUCAGAAGUUUGCAAAGGAGUGUGGAGUUCUUACCAUUGAAAUUGAGCAUGUUGAUGUUGCUACACUCGAGAAACUUGAGAAAGAAGGUGUUGAUUGUCAACCUAAAGCUUCCACUAUUCGUAUAAUCCAAGAUAAAUAUUUACAGAAGGUUCAUUUUUCACAGCAUGGUAUCCCGCUUCCAGAUUUUAUGGAGAUCAACAACACUGAGGAUGCUACAAGUGCUGGUGACUUAUUUGGCUACCCUUUGGUGAUUAAGAGCAAAAGGCUGGCUUAUGAUGGACGUGGAAAUGCUGUUGCCUACAAGAAAGAAGAUUUAGCUUCUGCUGUAUCAGCUUUGGGUGGCUAUGGUCGAGGAUUGUAUGCUGAAAGGUGUGUGCCAUUUGUUAAGGAGCUUGCUGUUAUUGUGGCCAGAGGAAGAGAUGGUUCAUUUUCAUGUUUUCCUGUGGUUGAGACAAUCCACAGGGAUAACAUCUGCCACAUAGUUAAUGCACCUGUGGAUGUGCCAGAUAAGGUGCAAAAGCAAGCUUCUGACGUUGCUCUGAGAGCAGUUGGUUCACUAGAAGGAGCUGGUGUUUUUGCUGUUGAGUUAUUUUUAACAAGUUCCAAUGGGAUUCUUCUCAAUGAAGUUGCACCUAGACCUCAUAAUAGUGGGCAUCACACGAUCGAAUCAUGCUACACAUCUCAAUUUGAGCAGCAUUUGCGAGCUAUAGUUGGUCUGCCACUUGGGGAUUCUUCAAUGAAGACACCGGCAGCUAUCAUGUAUAAUCUGCUUGGUGAAGAGGAGGGAGACAUUGGUUUUCAUCUUGCCCAUAAAUUGAUGAAGAGGGCAUUGUCCAUUCCUGGAGCAGCUGUUCAUUGGUAUAACAAGCUGGAAAUUCGGAAACAGAGAAAAAUGGGCCACAUCACAAUACAAGGAUCCUCAUUGAGUGUGGUAAGAGCACGGCUUGGUUUGUUGUUGGGUGAGGAAAACUUUGAUGUGCAUGCUGCAGUCAUUCCUUGUGUGGGCAUCAUAAUGGGCUCUGAUUCGGAUCUACCUGUCAUGAAGGAUGCUGCAAUGGUCCUGGAGUCCUUUAACGUCCCUUAUGAGAUAUCAAUUGUUUCAGCUCAUCGGACCCCUGAAAGAAUGGUUUCUUAUGCAUUGCAUGCUCAGGAGCGAGGUAUUCAUGUCAUCAUUGCAGGUGCUGGUGGUGCUGCCCACUUACCAGGUAUGGUGGCCUCGCUGACAUCCUUGCCUGUUAUUGGGGUUCCAGUGAAAACUUCUUCUUUGGAUGGACAAGACUCACUUUUGUCGAUUGUACAGAUGCCUAAAGGAGUUCCAGUUGCCACCGUGGCUAUCCAAAAUGCAACAAAUGCAGGUUUAUUGGCUGUCAGGAUUUUAGGCAUUGUGAAUCCCUUUCUACAGAAAAGAAUGUCCGGUUAUCAGGAUGAAAUGAGAGAAAUGGUGUUGUCGAAGGCUGAAAAAUUAGAGAAAGAAGGGUGGCAGAGGUACAUGAACCUAUAAUUACCACAUUUGUUAUUUUUUUGUCAGCACCCAUUCUCAAAUUGUGCUUGAUAACUACCAUUCACAGAAAUUUUUUAACUUUUGGGUGAAUGGUUGAGCUUCAUUAUUGAAUCUGAAAAGCCAUUGUAAAGCACUUGCUUGAGGUGUAUUUAUGAAAUCAGUCUAUUAUAGAGAAGGAGCUUGAUAUUUGAA